UACAUCAAGAUUGCUGGGCGACGCACCUACCGCAAUAAUUGGCGUGUUGCUGUCAUCCGCAAGCAAAACAAGACCCAAGAACUGUCAACACAGCAAAGGAACAAACAAUCCAUCGCUGGUGGGCAUCUUCUGUUGCAACAUUGCGAACAAAAACUUAGAGGCUCUGAAACAGAAAUGUGCAUUGUAACAAGGCAACGGACGCCAGAAUGGAACUGAAGCCAGUAGCGAACCCUUCAACGAUGAAGGUUGCGAUAGCACGAGGAACACGAUCAUUGGCCGCAUCUACAACCGAUCCCAAAAUCAUCUACCUAGAUCGCUUGUGUCGUACAUGUCUGGUCGAAACAAAAAAGGAUCAACUGAAGGAUCUGUUCGAAUUAAGUCUGGCAGAAAAAAUAAUGAGCUGCACCAGCGUGACGGUGACCGAAACCGAUGGACUUCCAUGCCACAUCUGCACGGACUGUUGUUUGGAGCUGGAGCGAACUUUCAACUUCCGGCAAAUGUCCAAAGCCUCUGACGCAACGAUACGGUCUUUGAUUGAAAAAUCAGUCGUUAUUACACAAGACAGCGAAACCAAGUACGAAGUGUUGAAUGUGGUUCUUACAGAUUCGGACGGCAACACGGAAACAUCCGCCGUCGUUGUACCAAUAGAGGAGCUUCGAUUUCAGCUAAUGAACACAACCAGCAAGACGGUGGUGGAAAUGCAGGCUGUAGACGAUAGUAGUGUUUCGAGCCGCAAAGCCAUUCAAAUCUGUCGUGCGCCUCAGCAAACUAGCGUUUCUUUGGAAAGCAGCGAGAAAGAACCUUACCCUGGACAAGAAUUUUCCCCAAACAUGAAUCCCAACGACCUUCUAAACGAGCAAUCUAGUACGACCUCUGCUAACAAGGAAUCCUCGGAACAGCCGCGGACGCAAGCUUUGCGGGAAUCUACCAUACUCAGAAAUCUAAAGCAGGAAUUGUCCGAAUUUAUAGGAAGCAACUGCACUGCCAUUUCAAAGGAAGUAGAAAUCGUAGACGAGAACGAGGACGACGAGCUGAUCCACGUGGACUAUCUGAAGGAUGCGCUGACGGAGGAGUACAUUCAAAUAAUGGAAAAUCAGCUAGCGUCGACCGUAGCCAACAGUAAAGAACAAGAACAGGUUGAGCAGGAACACUUGAACAGCUUGAUCCAUGCCUCGAUGGAAGCCGAAGAACCCAGCGAGCGGCAGAAAACUGAAGACGGCGUUGAGCGCGACACAACGCACUGCAAGAUAUGUGAUAUGCAGUUUAGCAAACGUAGAUUGUACUACAAACACGUCAGUCGAAAGCACUCCGAUAAACGCUUCGAAUGCAACGUCUGCAAGAGGAUGUUUGCAGAACAGUCCGUGCUCAAGAACCACAUGCUGCGGCACACGGGAGAAAAAACGCACAGGUGCGAUGUUUGCGAGGCACGGUUCUACGAGAAAACGCUACUGAAUGUGCACAUGCGGAGACACUCGGGUAUACGACCGUACGCUUGCGGACUGUGUGACAAACGGUUCACGACUCGUAGCGUUCUCAACACACACCAGAAAGUGCACAACGGGCCACGGCCCCACGUGUGCAACGUUUGUCAGAAGGGAUUCAAGCUGCCCUGGCAACUGAAGGCUCACUGUCGCAUUCACACGGACGAAAAGCCGUUCGAAUGCCCAUACUGCCAGAAGCGGUUCAACCAGAACGGCAACUUGGCAGUGCACAUUCGCACUCACUCGGGUGAAAAACCGUUCAAGUGCAAGAUCUGCAACAAGGCAUAUCCUAGCCAGGGAGAGCUAAGGGGCCACACGCGACAGCACACAGGGGAAGCAAAGACGAAGAAAGUGGUGUGCACCAUCUGCAGUAAAGCAUUUCCCGCUAAUCACGAUCUGGCGAUCCACAUGCGCACACACACGAAGGAAAAGCCGUACGGUUGCACACUCUGUGAAAAGAAGUUCAUGCUGCGCGUGCAUCUGACCGUACACAUGCGAUCUCACACGGGUGAAAAACCGUUCGCUUGUAAAUUGUGUGAAAAGGCCUUCCCAACCAACUAUCAGCUGAAAACGCACAAUUAUGUGCAUACGGGCGAGAAGAACUAUUCCUGCGAUGUAUGCAACAAGACAUUUAGCAGCUCCGCUAAUCGCAAUACGCAUCGCAAGACGCACAAUCGGAAAACAACUUAAAAUCAGGAACUCAUCUUAGUUUUACCUUAUCCCAAGUAUAGCUACGUUCAAAGGCGAGUUCACGCAUGAGAGAUUGUUAAACUGUUGUUAGUAAAAAAUCAAAUACACGUCCUUGCAUAUUUCUGCCCGUAAAUCUUAACAAUACCGACGAAUAUUCUGGUUUCGUUAUACCAAGUCUCUUCGUGCUUCGUGUUCGAAUGUGUCGGUCACUCGAUCUUAACAAUUUUGCUUUCCAACCAAGAUUUUAUUGAGCAACAUGAAACCAAAAAAUAAAUGUUAAAAGACGGAA